GCGGAUUGACUUCAGCUUUUCAGAACUAAAUACUAUGCAAUUCAAUCUCAAAAUGGCACUUUUUAAGCAUUUGCUUCUAAAGAAGCAGCCUAACUAUGUUAUGCCGUUUUUUCGCUCGUGUACGGGUGYAAUUAGGACUGGCUUUGGCAAGUCUUUUUCAACGCAUUUUACCCUGCUAUCUCAGACUGAAAUAUCGGGUUCGGCUUUUCAAAGUGCAAGGAAAACCCAAUUUGCGAAUAAUUUAGUGUCUACGAUAUCAAAUCAAGUAAAAGAUUGUUUGAAAGGCAAARUAUCUCAGGAAUACGUCCUUAACAAUUUCUCAAGAUACAAGAGAAAUAAKGAACUUUCUGACGGUGAUGCUGUGAGAAUUCUUUUUCGACUUGCAAAGACGCAGCAUCCUUUUUGGAAAAGCAACGAAGAAGCUGUGGCAAAAUUCUAUAAARUUCUCAUGGACGACAUCAUUGAUAACAGAGAUCAACUGAAACCUUUUCAAAUAGCUGAUGUGCUCUGGUCUCUUGGAAAGCUUGGUAGCAUUGACUCAGAUCUGUUUGAUAAAUUUGGAAGGUUGAUUCAAAGUAUAAAGGACUUUAGUGACUUUUCAAAUGGAGAUUUAGCAAUGAUUUUAUGGGCACAUGGCAAAGCAAAUAUAUCAGCACCUGUAGUAUUCAUUAUUAUUCAGAAGGYGAUUCUCGAACGUGGAUUUGAAAGCUUCACAACAAAAGAAAUUUGCCAAAUCGUCUGGUCAUUUGCUCGAGCUUCAACAAGAACUGCAAAGCUUUUUGCAUCAGCCAGAGAAACAAUUCAAGGAAGGGAUAUUACAGAGUUCAGUAACCAUGAUAUAAUUAUGCUUCUAUGGGCUUAUUCAGAGAAGGGCAAAAAUGUGAACCUCUUCUUUAGGUUCUUUAAACUGGAGCUUCUCAAUGGCAUCCGACUGGCUCAAUGCAGUGCCAAGGAUCUUUCCCUCAUACUAUGGUCUUUUGCAAACCAAGGGAUCCAAGCACAGGAUCUAUUUGCUUCAAUAGAGAAGGAAUUACUGACAAAAUCAAGUAUAGAAUUGGAUGAUCAAAGCCWAGUGGUUAUUGCAUGGUCGUUUGCACAAACAGAGAACAAAAGYCCUAGACUUUACAAGUUUAUUGAAGCACAAAUGAAGGAAAAGAAGCUGUCAAAGUGGCCAUUAAACAGGCUUGUACGCAUUAUGUGGGCUUUUACAAAAUCAGGCUUUUUAAGUGGAAAWGCUCUUAAUAAUAUCACAACUGCCAUGGUUGACAAGGAUUUCAGUAWGCUGUCACAAACUGAGAUUGAGGAGAUGGUUUCCAUUUUUCAGUAUUGUAAGCGAAAAAUCUCUCCUAAACUUGUUUCUCUAGUUGAACUAGAACUGAUGAGAAGAGCAGGAGAACCAACAACUGAUGACUGACUUGCAUUUUCAUAAAUGGGAAAGGGGAUGGUUGAAUUUUAGUAAAUCACCAGCCUGGUAUUUUUGGGGCAUCUAAAUUGUUUGGUCCAUAAUUUCAGCUGAAAACUCCAUCAACAAUUAAAUAUGUUGAAAAAUGGAGAUUCCCUUUACUUUUUUUCUAAAAUUUUAUAACAAUUACAUGUAUUACAUGCUUUGAUAUUCUCGUACACAGAUUGUUCUCAUUGCCAAAUUUCAAACCUUGGGGGACUGGGCAAAAUCUCCCUAAUUAGAUAAUCAUGUACAGAUGUGUCUGAGUUUUGACCGUUUUUUUGGACACAUUCAUUUCUUUGGAAAUUUUAGAAUAUUUCAAAGGCUGUUUCUUGCACACUAUUGUACUGAUUGUCAUCAAAUUUUGGAAUUUUGCAUUUCUCAACAAGGGCUUUCUGUCUAUGUAUGUCUUAUUUCUUGAUUAUCUAAUUUAGGGAUUCAUCCUCGGGAACCCAGUGGUAAUCUUCUGUCGUUCGU